CAAUAGACAUAUCAAAAGUCCAUCUAAUCAUAAUGAUCGCCGAACCUGUCCACGCUCUUGAACUUGGUCUCCUCUGUGGUCUCUACCUCUGGGACUACGUCGACGGCAAGCAAGGCGGUUAUCUUGCCAGACAAUACCGACCGUUUCCAUUGCCACAACCAGGCGAUGCUCGCUACCGCCCGUCCGACGUUUCUAUCGUAGUGCCAACAAUAGACUGGGAUGAUGACCUUCCUGACCAUCUUAUAACUUGGCUUAGCAACAAACCUCGCGAGGUAAUAUUCGUAACCAUCGAACGCGAACUAUCAAGACUGCAAAAGGAACUUGAGUCUGCCCCAGGUGUCAAGCAGGCGGUGGCCGAAAGCGGAGCGCAAAUAUAUAUCUACUCAGUAACCGAGGCCAACAAGCGAACACAGCUAUGUCGAGGCAUUAACCAAGCCACAGGCCCGAUCAUUGCACUCGUCGACGAUGAUGCCCUCUGGACAACUCAAGAAGUGCUGGUAAAUCUACUUGCCCCUUUCCAGCGGGACGACAUAGGCCUCGUCGGAGGACCCAUUGACUCGUAUGUACCAGCUGAACGUCAAAAUUCUAAGGUCAUCAGUGGCUGGGAGGUUGCCGCUCUUAGAAUGCGACAGAGGCGGGAGAAUGGUAUGGCGGCUUUCUAUGCUGCUGAUGGCUCGACAAACUUCACAGUUUCCGGGCUCACAAUGUUAUUGAGAGCGGAGAUUAUAAAAGAUCCUUACUUCCAGUAUCUCUUCACAAACGACAUGUGGAAUGGAAUGAAACAAAACACUGGCGACGACGGCUUUAUCACGCGCUAUAUCCUUUAUCAGCAUCACCUCUCGGAUCGCCACAGGUCCUCGGUCCGGCCAAGACAAUGGAGACUCGGCAUUCAACUUAGACCCGAAGCCCGCGUUUUGACAAGCUUGAUGCGGACCAGUGCGUUCGCUCAUCAGAGCAAAAGGUGGUAUCGGUCUGGCCUUAGGCUGCGACUUACUUGCCUUCUUUGCGAGCCGGGGUAUCAUAAGAUGAAGACAACGGCCCCUUUUAUGACCCGCAAGAUGGCUGGCGGUAUGGUAACCCCUAUCUUCACCAUUGUUCGGGCAUAUCUAUGGUAUAAAUUGUGGGUGCAUUUUCCUUGGUUCGCGCUGUUACUGCUUUCCUAUGUCCUGUACAAUUGGUUCACUGGUCUUUAUGCAUUUUACCGGCGGUUCCCCUACUGUGGUUCGAAGAUUUGGGCCGCCAUGAUCGCGGACAACUUGUAUCUCGUCUCCGAUUUCUAUUCUUGGUUAACUUUGUCUACCGAAUCGUGGAGUAAUAGAUCAAGUGUCUAA